ACAGAAACAGAUAUAGGCUAUAGAGAGAGGGUUAAAGGAUUAAAACAAACCAGUGUGGUUGAUUGCCAUUGAUGAGGCAGCUAGCGUUUAUAUUAACUGCAGUCUGACUUCCAACGCCAGGAGAAACAUUAGGUCCCACAGCUUAAUUUAAACUGUGACCUGGGGUGAUUUGGCCAUUUGGCUGCGGUGGACCAGGACACAGCCGAGGGCGGGUUGACACUGACAACGGUUGUUCCUUUGAAAACAGUAACUCGCUGCAAAGCAUUUAUUAAGAGAGAUGGCAGAGGGCCCUAAGAUUGAACUCUUCAUUAAGGCUAGUGAUGAUGGAGAGAGCGUGGGGAACUGUCCCUUUUGUCAGCGACUCUUCAUGAUCCUCUGGCUAAAGGGUGCCAACUUCACCCUUACCACAGUGGACAUGAAGAGAGCACCAGAAGUGCUGAAGGACCUGGCUCCGGGCUCUCAGCCACCAUUUCUCAUCUUCAAUGAGGAGGUCCGCACCGACACUAACAAGAUCGAGGAGUUCCUAGAGGAGGCACUGGCUCCCCCAAAGUAUCCAAAGCUGUGCUGCCGCUACAAGGAGUCCAACUGUGCUGGAGACGACAUCUUCCACAAGUUCUCUGCUUACAUCAAGAACGCUAACCCUGGACUCAAUGACAUGCUGGAGAAGAAGUUUUUGAAAAGCCUGAUGAAGUUGGAUCAGUACUUGCUGACGCCACUCCCCAACGAGCUGGAUCAAAACCCGCAUGAAAACGAGUCCUCACGGCAUUAUCUGGAUGGGAACACCCUCAGCCUAGCAGACUGUAACCUACUGCCCAAGCUCAACAUUGUGAAGGUGGUGUGUAAGAAAUACCGUGACUUUGAGAUUCCCAAGGCUCUCACCGGUGUGACCCGCUACCUGACCAAGGCCUACCAGCAGGACCAGUUCCGUUACACCUGCCCCAAGGAUUCUGAGAUACUGCUGGCCUACCAGUCAGUGGCCAAAUACCUUAACAAGUAGACAAUGAGAAGACAAGGGCAAAGAGGGAGGCACAGAGAGGAGUAGGAGUUAAAGAAAGAGGGUUUAAACAAGUGAAGAAGGAUUAGGAGCAAUGAUUUGUUGAUUUAAGUGUCUGUGCUCUCAAAACAAGGGAAGUCUGUCUAUUGUCAGUAUGGUAAAGGUUUGCGCCUUAAACUAUGCUGCCUAUUGAGUUUCUGUAAAUAUUUGGAAAGCUUGUUUUAUCACCAACUGUUAAAUGUAUCUUUCAUAUUUUUUAUAGUCAUUUUUUCUUUUUCAUUGCUUAAAAUAAUCUAGAAAUGUGCACAAUUUGUCUGACAAUUUUAAAAAGCUGGAUUUUCAAUUCAUAAGAGACAAAACACUAUGUAAAAUGCAUAAUGCGAAAAAGUAGAGGUACAUUUAGUAACACUGUAUUGUAAGUCAGUUGGUUUUUCAUUUAUCAAUAUUUGUAAUUGUGAAAUUAAGUAGGCCCAGUGAAAUAUAUGUCUCAGCAGACUUUAAUUAAUAAAGUAAAAUCUAAUAGUAAAUCUAAUAAAGUUUACAAAAUAAUUUCAC